AUGACUUUCCAGCCGAAUCCCAAGGACUCGAUGAAAUCCACAUGGCGUCUGCUCGACCGCAGUGAGUGGACCAUUUUCCACUGGUUCUAUGAAUUGCUAGGCAUCCAUCCCACUUCGCUAGAUAAGGAUGUUCCUGUCCACCCCAAGGACGAUAAGGUGCCAUGGGUGCCCGAAUGGCAUCUGCACCGUUGGGUGUUGGUGCACGCCUUCAUUCCCCUGGCCAUCCACCAUGUAUACACUUCUUAUACUGGCUAUAAUCUCAGUCCCCUAGCCGCCUUUUUCUUCUAUAGUGCCGCCUUCAAAGUCAUUGCCAUCCACGAGAUACACAUCCUGCGUCGCAUGGGCCAUAUACUCGGCUUCCUCGACGGCGACCAGCAUGAGCGUGAUGGUGUGCCCGACGUGGGCGUGCGAAAGGUGGUGCACUCACUGAUCUCUACCUCUACCUUCCGUCCCAUCUUUACUGUGUUUCUCAGUUAUCGCAGCAGCCAGGCACCUGCCUCGAUGAACUGGUGGUGGCUGCCACUGGAGGCUGGCUUGUACGGCAUUAUUUUGGAUUUCUGGUUCUACUGGUAUCACCGACUUAUGCACGAGAUUAAUGGUCUCUGGAAAUACCACCGCACCCACCACCUAACGAAGCAUCCCAAUCCGCUGUUGACGCUGUACGCCGACUCCGAGCAGGAGUUCUUUGAUAUUGCCGGCAUUCCCUUAAUGACCUACUUCACCAUGAAGCUGAUGGGUAUGCCCAUGGGGUUCUACGAGUGGUGGAUCUGCCAUCAGUACGUAGUCUUCGCUGAACUGGCCGGCCACAGUGGACUACGUUUGGUGGCGACGCCGCCCAACACGCUGUCGUGGCUAUUGCGAAUCUUCAACGCCGAGCUAAUCAUCGAGGACCACGAUAUGCACCACCGUCGUGGCUGGAAGAAGAGUGCCAAUUACGGCAAGCAGACGCGUCUCUGGGAUCGGGUCUUUGGUACCUGUGGGCCGCGUAUCGAAUGCUAUGUUGAAAAUAUUGACCAUGACAACCAGGUGUCGAUGCCACUACUGUGA